CAGAAUUGGAGAGUCAAGAAGUAUUUCAGUAGCAAAAGUAACAUAGUAUCUGUUGGUCGUAGAUUCUAAUCUUUAAUGAUUUUUUCUUCCAAAUUAUUGGAUGGUAAAAUAGUGAGACAAUUUCUUGGAAAUUACAAUUCGUUCGCUUGGUGAUUUGUGAUCGUAGAUGAUGUGAAACUGUGUCGAGAUGUUGCGGAGAAAUGUUAAUGCACAGAGGGCAGUAAUGUUCAAAUUAUAAAAGGACUGAAAAAAGUUCCACUCCUUGCUGGAAAAAUAAUCGAUAAUUUUAUUGGAUGUGGCUCUCGAGAACAGGAGCAGCAAAAGUUACAUCCAAGUAGAAAAGUAAAUUUUCUCAGUUACUGCGUCGAAAUCAACUGCGAUUGUAUAGAAAACACAAUAAAUUAGUUGGAAGUGAACAGAAGUUAUCGCUUUGUGAAGCGGUGUAGCAGUUAUUUGCUGAUAAAAAGCGUCAUUUGGUGUUUUGUUGUGUGGAGAAAAAACAAGUUCAGUAGAACACGAUGAAUGCAGCGGAUCCGUUCGUGAUUACGUCCCGCGAGAGGAUGAAGUACGAGGAGCAGUUUAAGUUUCUGCAACCGGCCAAUGGAGUAGUGACCGGGGCGCAGGCGAAGGGCUUCUUCCUCCAGAGCCAGUUGCCACCGAUGGUUCUAGGACAAAUAUGGGCACUGGCUGACACAGAUGCCGAUGGAAAGAUGACACUGGGCGAAUUCAGUAUUGCAUGCAAACUAAUCAACUUGAAGCUUCGUGGAUUCGAGGUUCCAAAAACAUUACCCCCAACGUUGGUUGCUUCUCUAACUGCCGUUGGAGGCACUCCAACGCUGACACCUACAUCUGGCCUUAGUCCAUUGGAUCCACUGAAAUCCAUGGGAAAUACCAUCUCAAACAUGCCACCGGCAGUGCCCCCACAGCCAGCAAUAAUUCCUCACAGCGUUCCACAUGCGAUCGUUCCCCCAAUGAUGAACAAUCAGAUACCCAGCAUGGGUCAACAGCCGCUAAUUCCAGGGGGUCCGGUUAAACCCCCAAUUCCACCACAACCACUGAUAGCUGCCUCUCAGCAGCCGCUAAUUUCCAUGCAGCCACUGAUUCCGCAAGCUGGGGUUAUGCCCCAAAUGGGCGCUCAGAUUCCACCGAUGAUACCACAACAGCCACUGAUUGCCGGUAUUGGAAUGCCUGCCGUUCAACAUAGCCCUGCUGCACCUGUCGGGGUAGGUGUUGUUAAACCAUUGAUCGACACCGGAAUGGGAAUCUCAAGCACACCGCUCGUACCUGGAAUACCACCACCUAUUCCAAUGCAACCAGUUAUGGGAGGUGUCCCGUCGGCGACCGUUCAGGGAAUCGUUCCUCAGCCUGUUCCUGCUUCUAUAGCGGCAGCAGUUACACUUCCUGCCUCGCCAACACCACCACACUCCACCAGCGGAACUCCGCAACGAUCCAUGUCUGUUUCGGAACGUGCACCUUCGCUCGAAUCUCCACAAACUGAGUGGGCCAUCAAAGGACCAAUCAAACUAAAGUAUACUCAGCUGUUUAAUACAAACGACCGUAAUCGGUCUGGUUUUCUCACUGGGUCUCAAGCCCGUAAUAUUAUGGUGCAGAGCAAACUACCGCAGGCUUCGCUGGCUCAGAUCUGGGCCUUGGCUGACAUGGACUCCGACGGUCGUCUGGGUUGCGAAGAGUUUGUUCUCGCUAUGUAUCUGUGCGAUCAGGCGCUGCAGGGAGAGAAAGUUCCAACAGCGCUUCCGCCGGAGCUCAUUCCACCCUCCUUCCGAAAAACAACAUCGCGUCAUGGUUCCACAGUGGGCUCUCGUCAUGGUUCGGUCUCGUCGCAGGGAGCCCCAGCGCAUGCUGCUGCCGUGGAAUAUGAUCCGACAACUGGUUUACCACAAACUUCAUUUGAGGACAAACGGAAGGAAAACUUUGACAAGGGACAGGCCGAGCUAGAAAGAAGGCGUAAAGUGCUGAUGGACAUUCAGAAAAAAGAACAGGAAGAACGCGAGCGCAAAGAACGCGAAGAGCAGGAGAAGAUUCGCAAAGCGAAAAUGGAAGCCGAAAUGAAAAAGCAGCAAGAGCUCGAAAUGGAGCAGCAACGUCAACGUGAGAUGGAGCAAGAGCGAGAGGAACAGCGUAAGCGUGAACUUGAGAAGAAGGAAUUAGCUAGAAAGGAAUUGGAGAAACAGCGUCAACUCGAAUGGGAAGCACAGAAAAUAGCUGAGAUGCAGCAACUGCGUCAACGCGAACAAGAUAAUGUGCUUAAACUGAAGGCUCAAAAUCAGUCACUGAGCGUCGAACUGAGUACUUUUAACGAGAGGAUUAAGGAGCUAUCGCAGAAAAUUUGCGAUACUCGCGUUGGAGUCACUAACGUUAAAAGUACUAUCGACGGCAUGAGAACCACCAGAGACACUCAGAUGAGCGAAAUGGCCCAGCUAAAGGCGAAGGUUAAAGACCAAAAUCAGCGGUUGGUUCAGUUGAGCCAGGAGAAGGUUAAAUUGGAUUCUAAAAAUAAAAUAGGAGAAACUGAAAGUCAGCUACAGUUUUCGAACAAGCAGAUUAUCAUACAACAGCUGAAGGAUAAAUUGUCGAACACUAAGCAGCAAAUUGAAAAUAAGACAACGGAUAUAAAAAUCAACAGCGAGCAGUUAAGUGAGCUUAAAUCACAGUUGACCGAUCUGAUUGAUUCAUGUGAAACGCUAUACUCGGAGUACGAUAUGCAACGAAUUCAGAUUUUAGAAAUGAAAAACAAUCGCAAGAAUGAUUCCUACACCAGUGCUUGGGAUACGGCCAACUCAUGGCCGGUGGAUAAUACUCCAGCGGCAGCGGAAACGGUGCUUCCGAACGAUACAAUCGAAACUCCUCCCGGUUACGUAAAAUAUCGAGCCAUAUAUGAGUUUAGCGCCCGCAAUGCAGAUGAGAUUUCAUUCCAGCCAGGAGAUAUUGUGAUGGUACCACUGGAACAAAAUGCAGAACCAGGCUGGUUGGCUGGUGAGAUCAACGGACACACUGGAUGGUUCCCCGAGUCGUACGUGGAGAAGGUAGACAGUAAUUUGAACACAGUUGUGGCACCCGCUGCGGAAACCAUUGCCUAUACCGAACCAGUCGCCGCAGACUAUACUGCCACAAACGAAGUAGAAGGUAUACCACAGGAAGAACCUAGCACUGAAUAUUAUGAUAACAGCACUGGUAAUAACAACGUUGUCGAUGAACAAAUUGCAGCAACCUACAACGGUGAUGUCGAAUACUACGUUGCCUGUUACGCGUACCAAUCCGCGGAGAUUGGCGACCUGGUGUUCGAUGCCGGCGAGGUUAUUGCUGUCACCAAGAAAGAAGGUGAUUGGUGGACUGGUAAUAUUGGUAAUCGCACUGGUAUCUUCCCGUCAAACUACGUUCAAAAGCAGGAAACUGUAAGUACUGCAAUAAAGACCAGUAGUGAAGAUAGUGUAGUAGCCGGACAAGAAGAGGUAACCAACGGAAAUCAGCAGCUUUAUGGAAUGCAGCAACCGACACAACAGCAACAGAUUCUGGAACAAGAAGCGCCAAUUGCGCAGAAACAAUCGAUACAAGAUGAAGCGGAGGAUGCUCGCAAUCAAGCCGAAGCUGACUCGGAAGUGUCACAAAUCAAUACUCAGCCACCACGAGCGCCUGCGGCAAACGAGGAAAACAUCCGUUACUCAUCGAUGUCCACAUCUGCCACACCAAGCUUGCGGAAAAAAGGCGAAGUUGCACAAGUCAUUGCCCCGUACGAGGCUACCAGCUCAGAGCAACUGUCGCUCACGAGGGGUCAGCUCAUCAUGAUCAGGAAAAAGACUGACUCCGGAUGGUGGGAAGGGGAGCUACAGGCAAAGGGUCGACGGCGACAAAUUGGUUGGUUCCCAGCAACUUACGUCAAAAUCCUGCAAGGUGGACGAAACAGUGGUCGCAAUACUCCAGUAUCUGCAAGUAAAGUGGAGCUCACCGAAACGGUUCUCGAUAAAGUAAUAGCACUCUAUCCGUACAAAGCAUUAAAUGACGACGAGCUGUCGUUUGAGAAGGAUGACAUUAUCAGUGUGAUGGGAAGGGACGAACCGGAAUGGUGGCGCGGUGAGCUGAACGGAACAACCGGUCUCUUCCCAAGCAACUACGUUGGUCCGUUUGUGACGUCAGGUAGCGUUGUGAAUUAGCUGCUACUAACUUUCUGCUUGACCUCAUGCAUCACAUCCAAUUUGAAUUCAACAGGGAACGUAUAACGAGAAUCGUGGGUCUCUACCGUAUCACAUGGUUUAUACAGCAAUGCCGACACCACCCCCAAUCAAGAAGACAGCAUCAAUAAUAACUAUGAAAAUAGCAACAGCAACAAUAACUACAUUAACCGACCGAUAUUGAGUCAUGAAACAAUCCGAAAUUACAACUAAAUAUGUAUAUGUUUAUGUAUGUGUACCUUGACAAACAAAACACACAAAAAAACGGCACCACACACACAUACUCAUUCUACUUCGAGGAAUGAACGCGAAAUAGUCAGAGUUGAACCAUGCUGGAAUCUGCGGUAAUUCUAUGAGCCCUAUAGCUAUCUGUCGUUUGACGCGAACGAAAAUUACUUCACUGUACUUCAUUGGAAACCAAAGAACUGCAAAAAAAGCUAACGGCUUUCAUUAGCAAUCAUUACCUGAGAGAAACGAAUUCUUUUCUUCUAUGAUAUCCAACGUAUUAAUAACGGAAGAAAACCAUUUGUUUAUUGUUGUUACGAGUUCGUUUAGAAUAUGUUAUAUAAUAUCUAGAUUAUUAGAUUAUUCAAUCCAUGAAUUGAUGAACAAAACCAGUUGACUAAGCUGCGCUCUUGCUUAUAGAUCAAUAUCUUUCUUUCAAAAGUGUUAUAAAUAAAAAAAAUGCAUUCAACUGAAAGUUGAUAAAUAAUCCCUGUGUAACAGAGUUGUGUACCCUGAACAAAAAAUCUUCGGCAUCUUUAGUACUCAUAAGUUUUUUCACCAUAGCUGAUCACUGUGGUAUGUUAAUUUGUAGGUUCAUUUUGCCAGAGAAAAUAAAUAAUGAAAUCGAUUGUUUUAAAUCAAACUUCUACACUAGUUAUUCUAAAAUACAUUCAUCCGUUUCAAUUUAUUAUUUACUAUAAUGGGUAAACGCUGAAGCCACCGCGAAAUGAAAAAAAACCCGCUAUAUCAGAGUAAUUUUAGAGUAUUGCGUUUUAACAAGCAUGUAAUAGCAUUAGAAACAUAAACACAUUACCAACUGUAUUCCAUGUAUGAGUUAUUGAAUAUAAGAUAUCAAUAUCAUUAAUCUGUAUUCACAAAAUUGAAUCAAUUAAAAUAAUGUGUAACAUAACGAAAUCAUUAAAAAGUACGUUAAACAGAAUUAGAUAAUAAUGAUAUAAAAAUAAAAACAAGUUGAUUCUCCAGGACAAAUUAAA